UCCCGGAGGUUCGGGCAGUUUUGUCCGGCCACUGAAAGGUGAUUGAGCAGAACGGAGAGCUGAUCAUCCCCAAAACCUUACUGACUGUGUUUGAACUUAACAAGCAGUCUCGCCCACAACCACAACGCCACCCCAAGCCCAACUCCCAACUAAUUCACAAUCCCAUAUAUCCAUCCCAUUCAUCAGUCGAUCUUAUCAUAUCAUCUCUCAGAUCCAAUCCACGAUCCAUUUGUCCGUCUAUUCAUCCCCCAAUCAAUUCGUCUGUAUGCAUCAGCAGCUGCAAGAAUGAAAUUCUUCGAGAAUGUCUCUACAUACGACUACUCCUUCCCAGCCGUGUCGCUGGCUUACUUCCUCCGCUAUCCUAACCCGUACUCUCGCCAUGUUCUAACCACUGAUGUCAUUGACCGUUAUGUCGACCCGGACACGAAACGCCUCCACACCAUUCGCCUGCACCUCAAGAAGUCUAAAGUUCCGUCGGGGAUUCUGAAGUUGCUGCCAAAGGGAAUGGGCGGCUCGGACAGUUCUGGACAGAGCUACAUCCUCGAAACGACCAUCGUUGACGUCAAUGAAGGCUGGAUGAGGACUGAGUCGCGCAACAUGGAGUGGACUGGGAUCCUGAGUGUGGUGGAAAAGCAAUUCUACCAACGCCAGCCGCUCGAGGGGGCUCUCGACCGACUUCAAGGGCUUCACCUCGACGGCAAGUUAAGCGAGCAGACGACAGUCAAGACAACGGUCACGUUCCACUCUCGAUUCGGGCAAGGAAAGUUACUAGGCCGGAGGAAGGCAGAAACCGGUGACCAAGUGGUCGAGGUCGAGGAUGAGGCUCCCAAGAGAGGCUUCUUCACGUCACUAUCCACGGCAGGCAUCCAGCGCACGAUUGAGCUGGUCGGUUUGAAUCGUACCCGGGACGCUAUCCUUAAGAGUAAACAAGGCAUGAAUGUCGUCCUGGAACGUCUGCGCAGCGGUGGUAUUGUCGGUGUCCUUGAGGGCAUGCGCCAGGACCGAGAAGCCAUUGUCGGGCCGGAGGGUCCGUGGAAGCGCGUUUGGCUCAGGGGUAACGGGGAUGAUGAUGAACAUUGACGUCGAAGCGUUUGAGUGUUGGUCAAAACAACUCGCUUCCAAGAAACAUAUUUUCGACAUUGCAGCGUGGAGCUAUGGCGUUUGGGUUUCUGUUUCUAUUUUCGUACUGAUAUCACCUGGACACUCUCCCACAUGAUUAUUCUUUCCUCGCUUUUGAUUGACUACCACUGCUGUUGAUCACCAUCUCACAUCCUCACACCAGCAUAUUUGAGCACAUUUUUUUUGGCAGGGAAAAGAACACGGAAAGCACAUGGAAAA